AUGGGGUGCAUGUUCUCUCACCUCGCCGCCAAGUUCGCCUUUUUCCCACCUUCUCCUCCCACCUACCACCUCACUAAAACACCCGACGGCAAACUCUCCGCCGUCUCCUCUUCCUCUGCUUCCUCCUCCUCCUCAACUUUUCCCGCCGCCGGAGACCCAUCACUCGACGUGAGGGUGGUGAAGACAAGACGCGGCAACAAAGUCGCAGCGUUUUACCUGAGAAACCCAAACGCGAGACUCACACUUCUCUAUUCUCAUGGAAAUGCCGCAGAUUUGGGACAACUCUUUGAUCUCUUCGUUCAACUCAAAGUCAAUCUCCGAGUCAAUCUCAUGGGGUACGAUUAUUCAGGGUACGGAGCUUCUACUGGUAAGCCGAGUGAGUACGAUACAUAUGCGGAUAUAGAGGCGGUUUACGAGUGUUUGCAGACCGAAUACGGUGUUGGUCAAGAGGAUUUGAUCUUGUAUGGUCAAUCCGUUGGCAGUGGACCGACGCUACACCUCGCCUCUAAGCUUCCUCGGCUUAGAGGUGUGGUUCUUCAUAGUGGCAUUCUCUCUGGUCUUCGUGUUCUUUGUCAUGUCAAGUUCAAGUUUUGUUGUGACAUUUACUCGAACGUAAACAAGAUCAAGAAGGUGAAAUCUCCGGUUCUUGUGAUACACGGAACAGAGGAUGAUGUUGUGAAUUGGUUACACGGGAACAGGCUAUGGAAAUUGGCUAAAGAACCGUACGAACCGCUUUGGAUUAAAGGCGGUGGACAUUGCAACCUCGAGAUCUAUCCGGAUUACAUUAGACAUCUCUACCGGUUUAUACAAGAUAUGGAGAAUACAACCACUAAGUCUCGUCUCAAGAAGAUUUGGCUAGAGAUCCGUCGGCGAGAUGAGUCAAAAGGAUGUUGUAGUUUUGGACUUUGCAGGCCAAAAUGCCCUCGGUGUCCCAAACCUAGCUGCGACUGCGAUUGCAGUGGUUGUUGCAAGUGUUCGUGUCCGUCUUUGAAGGGAUGUUUCUCUUGCUGCAAGAAACCGAGCUGUGUUAGUUGUUGUUGUUGCAUUCCGAAGUUGAAAUGCUGCAGCUGCUUUGGGAAACCUAAAUGUCCGAAGUGCUCUUGUUGGAAAUGUCUAAAAUGUCCCGAGUCUGAGUGUCGGAGUUGUUGCUGUGCCGGUUGUUUUAGCUGGCUGUGUUGUUGCGGCGAAGGGAGGAGGAAGGAGGGGGAGAGGAAUGGGAGGAACACGGUGGUGAAGAGUGAUGGGUAA